UAUUGAUGUGAAUAUGUUUUGUCUCAUACUGGUCACGUGUAUGUAUAUUAAUACCUAGACUACGAUGGUGUCUUCGCAGAGAGCCUUUCGCUAUCCUUUCCUGCACAACCUAUAGAUGCCUCGAAUGAUUUAUUAGUUCUGGGUGUUGUCAUUUCUGUUUUGAAUUUCUUACCUCAAACAUCAACAAGGACCAUCACUAGGGUUGCUAGCUGUUUUGAAGGUUGAAGAUGGCGAUAAGAAUAUCCCAUCAACUGCGCCAGCCUCGCACUGUAUUUGGCUGUAUAGUGAUCUUCAUAAUGAUCGCUAGUGCAUACAAAAGCUUGGCGGAAGAUUUAGUAACAGUUGAAAAUUUUGACCAGUACGGUGCACACAAGAACGAAGAGGUGUACCUGCGCCCCCAGGCGAUGAAAUUUACUACGAAUACGCAGCCGACACAGUUAUCAGUAAACAAUGCCGGCAACAUAAUGUGCACACCAGUAGAGAAAGAAAAGUACUUAGAUGAGAGAAUCGUAGAUACAAACAGAUUGUCUGAUAUGCUUAAAACCGUAUCAAUUAACAAGCGCAUCAUAGUGAGUUUCGCAUCCAACAGCCAGCGAGUGCUUCUGCGCAACUUCAUGUGCUCUGUGAAGCGCCGUCAUACCAAUUGGAUAAUUAUACCAUUCGACGAGGUUACACACAACGACGUUACAAGAAUAUUCGGCGCAGAACACAGCUUCUUCGAUUCUAAGAUGUUAGGCGAUGAAUUAGUGGCUGACUGGGAUCGCGAUGGUGACAACCAGGAGUAUGUCUGGAGGGAUCUGAUGCAUGUAAAAGUCAAUGCCGUUCGAGCCAUACUUCGUCUGGGGUACGACGUGUUCAUUGCGGAUGCAGAUACCUCCGUAGUCAGGAACAUAGCCAAGUAUGCGAGCUUGAAUGAUCAGUGUGAUAUGAAGUUUCAGGCGGAUUCGAAACUGGCACUGACAUACGAGGGCUAUAGAGGCGAGAAGAAAUUCAACUGUGGCGUUUACUUUGUGAAGAAGUCACCACAAGUGCUCAGACUGUACGAUGUCUGGGCAGAUCAGUUUAAUUGUCUGGAAGGUUUCAGGGAACAGAGAGCGUUACACUUGACGUUGCAAACCCUUCAGGAACAUCAGGACUACUAUGUAUACGAUCCGCGCACUGACACACCGUUUUACGGGGAGAAAGCCGUGGACGAAAACAAUGUAAAUAUAACCAUCCCCGAGAUUAGUGAGGCGGAUAGGAAGGCUCUAGCAGCAGCAAAUACCGGCAUCAAAAUGUGUUACUUGAACCCGGCUGAUUUCCCCAACGGAGGUUUGUAUUUUGGUCAGAACAAACCUUUCAGGGCCAUGUACGGCGCCAAGGCUCCGGUGAUGUUGCAUACCAAUUAUAUGAAGAGUAAAUUGGAGCGGAAGAUCAACGCAUUUGAAGUGGUGGGAGCCUGGUUUCUCGAUAGCACCCUACAGUGUACGGUACGGGCACAGAAGCCACUCAGCAAACCUCUUACUGCUAAGGAGCUCUUCGAACGGGUUGAUGAUUGACGACAAGGUGUGUGGCGCAUUUGAUCACACACUUCACUGAAAGAACGGGGACGAGCGAUCCUAACAAUGCAUUGUAUUGCAUUGAAGCAGCGUCCACACUGUCCGUAGAUGGGGCACUCAGAUAUCAAUUCAUCCCUGGUGAAUAACUUACAUAUCCCAAAUUGGACGAGGAACGAUAGCAGCAUACGCUACCAGGGCAACGGAUAAUGUCGAAGCUCAAUUUAUACGAAGAUAGUUCAGGGCACACUAGCAGUUAAAUUGCAAACGACUCAGCCUAAAUCCGUUCAUAGUUCGGUCCACUCAAGAGUAUGGUGACCAUGCCUUUGUUCCACGGAUCAAACACAUAUAAUACAAUUGCAGCUGGACUGUAGGUGGCUAUACAGCCGUGGUUUACGUACCUCACAUACUGAUUACUAACUUGCCAUAUCUGUGACGCCCUGUCAUGAGGCAUGCUUAAAACUCCACCAUUGACGGUAUAUGGGGGCUGGAAUCCUAUGAGUUGGAGCCAGUGUGCCACAUCGACACUACUUUAUAUGACACCAGUUGUGCGAUACCCUGACAUGCACAGAGGUCUGGAGAGAUAUCUUCGUCAGUCAAGAAAGUACCACUCGAACACAAGCGCAAUCACCCACACCAACAAGCCAUCACAUGCACUUGAAACUUCUACAUUGCAAUUUGCCUCUGGUCGUCUCACUGGCGAUAUGGGGACGCGCGUUACAUUACUUUGAGCAUUCGCAGUUUCACACAUCCUCCUGUAUGAUAAUACGAAGGGACGAGACACAGUGACAUUCGUAAAUCGACAUAUAAACAAGUCUACCAUCAAUUUUCGGCGGUUAUCUAAAAGCCUGUGACUCAACGCACCAAUAUUUGCACGUGCCAUCUCUGUCGACGAAUAUUAAACCACUA